GUUUCGCCGAUUGCACCGACUUCUAGCUCGACUGCCACGUUUUCGCAGCUUGCUUUCACCCGUUCUUAUAAUUUCCGUCCUCGUCGCCUCAGAAACCGUCUCUAUUCCCAUUAGCAAGCAACAACUUGCGUCGUUUUUCUGGGUGCGUCUUGCCGGGAGGAUUCGACGCUGCAAUUCAACGCACUGCAAUUCACGCCACCACUUUCGCAGCAGUCAGCGGCCGCCACCAUGGCCGACUCGCCGUUUACGACUCCCAAGCGGAAGCGCAGCGAGAUGCUGAAUGAUGAUGCGCUCAAACUAAACAUUGCGACGCAAUUCACAUUUGACAUCAAUUCCAAAGCGGACGACGGCAAUGCCAGUCCACGCACUCGGGUGGCCCACCGGUUCCGUGGCCUUGCGUUAGGAGGUGGGGGCGGGGGUGUUAGCGCUCCAUUGGCGGAGCUGAGCGGGAUCGUGGACGACGACGCCGAAGAAGGAUCCCGAAAGCGGAUUAAACUUCCGGACAUUGAGAUGCCAGAUGUCGACUCCCUCGCGGCCACUGAUUCGGACCUCAUCCCGCGAGGCAGUCAUGGCGGCCGACGGCUCUCCCAAAACUCAAUCUGCAUUGCCCUCGACGACGCCGUAGUCUCACAAUCCGAGACGAUAGGCCACACCGGCGCCGACGACAACGACAACGACAACGACAACGACAACGACAAUGACAAUAACAACGAUGUUGAGAGCAAUUCAGCUUCUACCCCUUCACUGACCCCACCAAGUCCUCCAUCAACCAUCACCUCCCGCCCCCAACCUCGACCCCGACCGCGCAGCAAGAAACACCGCACCCCCGGCAGGAGGAGAGCCGGGACGCCCCCCUUUCCGAGCAGAUACGCGUUAUCUGCCUCCUCCUCCUCCUCCUCCUCCUCCUCCUCCUCAUCUUCGUCAGCAUCCCCGACCAUCAUCGACCCCGUCCGCGCCUCCCUCACGUGGCACGACGACGAGAUCACCAUCUACGACCCGGACGACUCGGACGACGACGGCACCGGCAUCAACGGCAUCGGCUUCAAGCCGACGCCCGCCAUCGCCUACGCGCGCGCCAUGCGCCGCCGCCAGCAGCUCGUCGAGUACAGGAAGCGGGAGGAGCGCGAGUCCCGGGCCAAGCGCACAGCGCGCCGGCGCGGCGCCGUCGCCGACAGCCUGGCCUCCGCGGGCGGGUUGGCGGCGCCGGCGGGGUCGGCGGCGGGGGACCUCGUUGCUGCCUCUGGGGUCGGGAAGAAAGGCAAGGCACAGAGGAGGAAGGUGCGGUUCCUGGAAAUGGACGGCCCUGAAUUGAUUGGUGUUUGA